UACCUUCCACACGUUUUACUUUGUGGCCACAAUGUGCAUACUUUUUUUGAUUGUUACUUUCAUGACACAGCAAAUUGUUUCUAUAGUCUUUAUAAAGGUCAUUUAAAAUGACAUGCGCAGUAAGUCAAAGUCUUCCUGUGCUAGGAAAUUUGAAAAAACAAAAGUGUAGAGAAAAGCACAAAGAUUACUGAAUCUGAACAUCUAUAGAGGUGUUAGCAGUUGGUCUGUUUCCUUCCAAUCACAUACAGAUUAUAACUAAUGGGUAAAGAACCUCCAUACUGUCAACAGACCACACCGUCUUCUAAAAUCGCUUCAGCAGUGAGGAUCCUCUGGAAUAGAUCUUGUUAGUCGCGAGGUGGUAUUCUCCCAGCGGCGAGCUAUGAGAAGUGGAAUCACCAGAUGUAGUCAUUCCUGACAGAACUGCCGCUUCCUCGUGUGGCUGGGACGCUGACCUGGGUGGCAGGCCGGUGGCGUCGGGACCCAGCACGCACGCUAAGUCUGAGCUGCACUCUGCUCCUGUAAGAUACUAGUAACUUGAGGUAGCUGUCCAGAUUCCAGGCAGUAGUGAUUUUGUGUCUGCGUAUUGAUCACGGGGUCCGCGGCGGGACCGCAGGGGCUGUGUCCGACGUCCCCAGACCUCUAGCAGGGUCCGGAGCGAUGAACAUCUUCCAUAAACUUAACCUCCGGGCGCUCAGUCCCUGGUUCUUACUUCAGUCCUCUUAGCCCCAUAGGUUCUGGUACCCGGGGGUCUUUCCUAAGAAAAAGGCACAUCUCUCGCACAUUUAACUGUCCGUCUGGUCUUUAACUUCAGGCGCGCCAGGACCCAAGGUUCUUCCGAGCCGCAGCUCCGCUCCCGAGCCGGGAACUUCCCAGAGCAUUGGCCCGGCCUCCGGGCGCGGGGGACAGCCUCGGGAGGAUGGGACUCCGGGCGCCGCGCGCGGGCCGAGGACAGCCGGGCUUGGGAGGUCCUGCCCGCCGCCUCGCGUUCUCCCGGCCACUGCCACCCCGCGCAUCCGGAGCUGCCGCAGACACGGCCGGGCCCAGAGCCCCACGCCCCCGGCCCGCCCCUAGCGGCCGCUUGUUUACUCCCCGGCGCAGCCUAGUCCGACCUUGGGGCCCGCCCCCGCCCACCGCCUAUUGGCCAAAGAAGCGCGAAGACCGGCAACGAUUGGUCCUGGGAGGCGCGGGGCGAGCGGGGUAGGCUGCGCGAGAGGCCGAGAGGGGGCGGCGGGCGAUGGCGGCGGCGGCAGCGGCGGCGGGUCUGUUAGGCUGGUUGUUCGCCGCGCUCUGCCUGGGCAACGCCGCGGGGGACGCCGCGCCGGGCCCGCGAGUGCUGGGCUUCUGUCUGGAGGAGGAUGGCGCGGCGGGCGCGGGGUGGGUACGCGGAGGGGCGGCGCGGGACACGCCGGACGCCACCUUCCUCCUGCGCCUCUUCGGCCCGGGUUUCGCCAACAGCUCUUGGUCCUGGGUGGCCCCCGAGGGGGCGGGCUGCCGGGAGGAGGCGGCCGCCCCCGCGGGCGAGUGGCGCGCGCUGCUGCGCUUGCGCCUGCGGGCCGAGGCCGUUCGCCCGCACUCGGCGCUGCUGGCGGUGCGCGUGGAGCCGGGUGGCGGGGCGGCAGAGGAGGCGGCGCCUCCCUGGGCUCUGGGCCUGGGGGCGGCCGGGCUGCUGGCGCUGGCAGCGUUGGCGCGCGGCCUGCAGCUGAGCGCGCUGGCGCUGGCGCCGGCGGAGGUGCAGGUGCUGCGCGAGAGCGGCUCGGAGGCGGAGCGUGUGGCGGCGCGGCGCUUGGAGCCCGCGCGUCGCUGGGCCGGCUGCGCCUUGGGCGCGCUGCUGCUGCUGGCCAGCCUGGCGCAGGCGGCGCUGGCGGUGCUGCUGUACCGCGCGGCCGGCCAGCGUGCGGUGCCUGCUGUGCUGGGCAGCGCGGGGCUCGUGUUCCUGGUGGGCGAGGUGGUGCCGGCCGCCGUGAGCGGUCGCUGGACGCUGGUGCUGGCGCCACGCGCCCUCGGCCUCAGCCGCCUGGCGGUCCUGCUCACUCUGCCCGUGGCGCUGCCCGUGGGGCAGCUGCUGGAGCUGGCUGCGCGGCCCGGGCGGCUGCGGGAACGGGUGCUGGAGCUGGCGCGCGGCGGCGGCGACCCCUACAGCGAUCUCAGCAAGGGCGUGCUGCGCUGCCGGACUGUGGAGGACGUGCUCACGCCCCUCGAAGACUGCUUCAUGCUGGACGCCAGCACCGUGCUGGACUUCGGCGUCCUGGCCAGCAUCAUGCAGAGCGGCCACACGCGCAUCCCCGUGUACGAGGAGGAGCGCUCCAACAUCGUGGACAUGCUCUACCUCAAGGACUUGGCCUUCGUGGAUCCCGAAGACUGCACGCCGCUCAGCACCAUCACUCGUUUCUACAACCAUCCGCUCCACUUCGUCUUCAACGACACCAAGCUGGACGCUGUCCUGGAGGAGUUCAAGCGAGGGAAGUCCCACCUGGCCAUCGUGCAGAAGGUGAACAACGAGGGUGAGGGUGACCCCUUCUACGAGGUCCUGGGCCUGGUCACCCUGGAGGACGUGAUCGAAGAGAUCAUCAGGUCUGAGAUCCUGGACGAGUCUGAAGACUACCGUGAGUCCAGACUCUUGGCAGUUACGUCUCCGCUGGGCCCGCACACUUCCCCAGGAGACACUGUGGUGAGGAGGAAGCCUGCUUCUCUGAUGGCCCCUCUCAAGCGGAAGGAGGAGUUCUCCUUGUUCAAGGUGUCUGAUGAUGAAUAUAAAGUAAAAAUCUCGCCUCAGCUGCUCUUGGCCACCCAGCGCUUCCUGUCCCGAGAAGUGGAUGUGUUCAGCCCACUACGCAUCUCUGAGAAGGUCCUGCUGCACCUGCUGAAGCAUCCCAGCGUCAACCAGGAAGUGAGGUUUGACGAGAGCAACCGCCUGGCCGCACACCACUACCUAUAUCAGCGCAGCCAGCCGGUGGAUUACUUCAUUCUCAUCCUGCAGGGCAGGGUUGAAGUGGAGAUCGGGAAAGAGGGUCUGAAGUUCGAGAAUGGGGCCUUCACAUACUAUGGAGUGUCGGCGCUAACGGUGCCAUCCUCAGUUCACCAGUCCCCGGUGUCCUCGCUCCAGCCCAUCCGCCAUGACCUGCAGCCCGACCCAGGUGACGGCACGCGUUCGUCUGCGUAUUGUCCCGACUACACCGUGAGGGCGCUCUCUGACCUGCAGCUCAUCAAGGUUACGCGGCUGCAGUACCUCAACGCACUCCUGGCUACCCGAGCCCAGAACCUGCCACAGUCCCCUGAGAACACCGACCUGCAGGUUAUGCCAGGCAGCCAGACCAGGCUCCUUGGUGAGAAGACCACCACAGCAGCAGGGUCCAGCCACAGCAGGCCCGGCAUCCCGGUGGAAGGCAGCCCUGGGCGGAACCCAGGGGUGUAACUGCUCACUAGGCAGCCCCAGAUCUGGGGAACAGAUGAGCACGUGGGGAGCUGGAGUGAGCUGAGCAGAAGCUUCGUGCCCGCCUGCCCCCAUCCCCUCCAGGCCACGUUUUAGAUGGCCCUUGUAGAUGCGGUCCUGGGUGUCCUCAGAACUAGACAUCAAUGCCUGGAUCCUUCAGCCGGCCCUGCCCUCAUUUAGGAGACAGGAGUCACCAGGGCACAGCCCUCCAGGCCCGCGUCAGGAAGGAAUGAAAGGAAUGCCGUCAUCUCUAGUCCCCAGGGCCCAGCUUUCCCCUUCUCCCCCGAGGCUGGGACCGUGUGGCACGUUCAGAGUCAGACCUCUUCGGGCGGAGCCACCUUGUGAGUGCAGCUGCUGUCUUUCUGUGGCGUGACCUGUACUCGUUUGCUUUUAAUUUGCCACCCCGUCGCUGCUGGCAGCACUUUCUGAGCAGGCUGAGCGCGCCCAUUUUGGCUGGGGGUUCAAAUCGAUGGCUUUGUCCAUGGCGUCCUUUCUGGCUUCCCUAACGGUGUCAUGUUUCAGAGCAUGUGCCCCAGCCUUUCCCAUGUGCCAAACCAGAAGCUCCACUGCCCGUAGGCUGUCCCUGUAGCCCUGCACCCUCCCUGGAGGCUGCUUUUCUGAUCCUGACAGCUGGCCUAGUGGUGCUGAGGGCUCCUAUCUGCUUCUCUGCCCACCUCCUGAGCGUUGUCAGUUCCUGUGUUCUGAGAAGAGGUCACGCCUGGGAGGAAGGGAUCAUCAUGCUGCAUCGAAUCCUGUCUCCACUGUGUGGCCCCUGGGAGAGUAGCUGCCUGUUGCACCUCCUCCACACGUCUCCACGGCCUCCCUGCAGGUGCUGUGUGGCUGUGAUGUGCCGAGAGCAGCGAGGGAGGGUUUAUGAACCAGGUGGAUCCUCUUUAAAAAAAAAAAAGAUCAGUUUUUGUUGUAUCUCUAGAACAUUUCAAGUCUUUUCUUCGUUUUUUUCUGUUCCUAGCUGUGGGGUUUUAGAGAAGUGGGAACAGGAAGGCAUUUGUCUUUUUCUUCUAAUUGACUACAUUUUCCUUCCGUAGUUCUCCAGCUGUGUGGAAACGGGCAUAGGAUCAUAGAUUGGGUAGGGAGGGAGGAGGAUUUCUGGAACUUUUCUCAAAGGAAUUUGGACCCUUAAAAAUGAGACUGAAGGUGAAUGAAAAGAACAGUGGUAUGCUUGCUUAGAUGCUGUCCUCAAGGAAUCAAAUCUGAGAGCAAGCCCGGUUUGGAAACGGAUGCAUUAAAA